AGGGCAAAUCAUGCUGCAAAGUUCAAGCCGCUGGAGCUCAGGAGGAGCCAGGGCUUGCUCCUGCAAUUGUAAACAACCUCAGUGGCUCUAAUUAAGCUGCUGGCGGUGUGCAACCUGGAGUGCUGGACAGAGGUGCUCUGUAGUUACUGGGAAGUUUCAUGUUACCAAUAUGGGACACAAAGUGAUUGUAUUUGACAUUUCUGUCAUAAGAGGACUGUGGGAAACACGUGUCAGAAAGUAUCAAGAACGGCAGAAGAAGGAAGCAGAAAGAUUAGAGCAAAGUGCUUUGGAAAAGAUAAAAGAAGAAUGGAAUUUUGUUCAAGAAUGCAGGAAGAAAGGCAUUCCGCAAUCUGUAUACUGCAGGAAUGGUUUUGUAGACACCAAUGUGAGGCUGCUGGAGAGGAUAGAAAAGAACUCAUCCCUGACAAAGGAGUCACUUUCCAAGGACAGAGGAAAAAGAAAAAAUAAAUUCAUUUUUGAACUUUCAGGGCUGGAGUGGAAGGAACUUCCAGAUUCCCUCCGGGAACAGACCCAUCUGAAAGAAUGGCACAUAGAAAAUACCCUGAUUCAGACUAUUCCUACUUACAUUCAGCUCUUUCAGUCGAUGAGAAUUCUGGAUUUGCCAAAAAACCAAAUCACGCAUCUUCCUGCUGAAAUCGGUUAUUUGAAGAGCCUGAAAGAACUCAAUGUGAGUUUCAACCAUCUGAAGAAUGUUCCUCCAGAAUUAGGAGACUGUGAAAAUCUGGAGAAACUGGAUUUGUCUGGAAAUCUAGAAUUAAUGGAGCUCCCGUUUGAACUAAGUAAUUUGAAACAAGUUACAUUUGUAGACGUGUCAGCAAAUAAGUUGUCCAGUAUUCCCAUAUGUGUUCUCCGGAUGUCAAAUUUACAGUGGUUGGACAUCAGCAACAAUCACCUUAAUGAUCUUCCACAAGAUAUAGACAGGCUGGAAGAACUGCAGUCUUUUCUCUUACAUAAAAACAAACUGACCUACCUCCCUCAGGCUUUGCUCAACUUAACAAAGCUCACCUUGUUAGUAGUCAGCGGGGAAGAUUUGGUGGAGAUGCCUACAGCUCUUUGUGAGUCAAGCACUUUAAAAUUUGUAAGCCUCAUGGAUAACCCAAUCGGCAAAACCAAUUAUCAAGACAGUGAAGAAAUGACAGGAAGUGAGCAAGAUCGUCAGUAUUUUGAAAAGGAGUUUAUGAAAGCCUACAUUGAAGAUCUAAAAGAAAGAGAAUCUGUUCCUAGCUAUACCACAAAGGUAUCAUUUAAUCUUCAACUUUGAUAUCAUCCUGCAGGAAGACUGGAAAAUCCCCUGAUCAUGGUCAUUAUGAGUGGAAAGCUUUGGUGUUCUGAACUAACUCAAAUGUUGUUUAAGUACAACAGACUGAUUUUUUUUUCAUUCAUAAUAGCAACAGCAUGUGCUUUAGAACAAAAUUCAAGAAACUACUUUGAUAGUUAAGAAGUGAUCAUUUUAGAAAAUAUGUGAUUUUUAAAGUUGCCUUUUUACAGACCAAAUUCACAAGUUGACAGUAUUAUUUUCAAAAAUAUCGGAGUAAGUGAUGUUGUAUAAAGUGUUCGUAUUAGAUUCUUUUGCUCUUUUAAACAUAAUUUGUAAAGUUUUAUUUUUUUAGAAUUAUUUUCCUUGGUUUAUACAAACUGUUCUUCCCAUGGAUUUUAAAUGACAUUGUAGGAAGUGGAGGCUUCCACAUCUGGAUCACAUAUCCAAUCUUAGAUAUUUAUUAAGGGCUUACUACGUCCCAGGCAUUGUGCUAUGUGCUGGACAUACAAUUAAUAAAAAAGAAAGACAGUCCCUUCCCCCGAGAAGAUUAUAACCUAAUGCAGGGGGCAGAUAACACAAAAGAAGAGUCAGGAGUGUGGGGUGGGAUAAACACUAGGGGUUACCUAGGUGUGGGAACAUCUUGUUCCAUGGAACUAAAACCAGGCAGAGCAGCAGAUACAGAAGGGAGUGAACUGAAAAGUCCGGUUUCUGCCCUCUAUAAAAGCAUUGGGAGGAUAAGGUUAUUAUGCACACUAAGCAUGGGGCUGCUUGAAGUAUUGAAAAGGGGGAUUUGGAAGAGGAAUUUUCUAAGGGCUAGGGUUGGAGGAGGCCAGUUAAUGCUAUGAGAAUCACCUGUUUUCAGGCUUAUUCCUCUUUUAUCUUCCCUAUUCUUAUUCCAUGAACUCACAGAGCAGCCCCUCAGUUCUGCAGUGACCAAACACUGGAUGAUAGAGAGGUAACAGCAACGUCGAGGUCUCUUCUGACCAUAAUAAUCAUCCCGAUGAUUAUAACUGACCUUUAUAUGCAACAUUAGAUACAUUAUUUAUUUUUGUCACUUGAUAACAUUGUGCAGUAGAUAUUACAGAUAUUUCCAAUUUACAGAAGAAGAAAUCGAGACUCAAAAGGUGAACUGACUUGGCAGUGUUCACCUUGGCAGUGGUAAAAGUCGGAGGCAGAAUUUGAACUCUGAUGUCUUUGACCUGUAGUACUAACACCCUUCCCAUUAUGCCCCACUGUCUGAUAGAAACCUAUUUCUGCUCACUGUAAGUCAAUUUCUUCUCACUAAAACAAAUAUAAGAGGCAAAUAAAAAGACACAGUCAUGGAAGCCAUACUAACACAGUUAGGGUAUUUAAGAGUGUACUGUUAUAAUUAAAGAGAUUUCUGGCAAAUAGAUGAAAAUAUUAAGGAGAAGUGAAAUAAUAUUACUAUAACUUUAAAUGAAAGUAUUUUUGUUAAAAUUAUUUUUGAACCAAACUUAAAGUUUCUAAUUGUAUAUUAGUGAUUUUGAAAGUUGUUUAUUGACCUGUAAAGGUAAAUUUUAUAAAGAACCAAAAGAAAAAAUGUAUCUUAACUCUGUGGAAAAUGUGGAUUUACAUAUGAAUCAAGUUUGCGUAAUUUUCACAUAAUUUUGUUUCAAUAAAGUUGGUGUUUUAUGCAAAAA